AUGUUGUUACAGGCUAAAGAUGAUGACUCUUGGUUUGAACUUCCUUCUGUUGCUCUAUGCGUUGAAUUUACCGAUGCCAGGAAGUUUGGCGUUUUUAUAACCAAAAUCGGAAAUCUUCCACACUACCAACAGUUAAUUCUACCUCCUGUCGACUCAGAAGUUGAUGAGGAUGUCGAGGAUGAAAACGAUUUCGAGGAUGAAAACGAUUCCGAUGUUCAGGACCAUGAGAAUUCGGAUGAACAAAUCCGCACGAUGAAUCCAAGGUACAGCAUUCUUGAGGAUUACACUCACGUGAAUGUGACUCCAGGACAUAUUGAGAUCGCUGUUGCGGGCAAGACUUUACGAUUCGCUCACCCAGCUGCUAAUGCUCCGCGUCGUUGCACAAAAGGAAAAAACGUCGAUCCACGCAGCAACGCCUGGGCGUUACUGAUUCCAGGAGUUAUACUUCAGGGAAAGCCUCAACGGGCCCAGCAAUAUCUGGAUAUGAAGAAAAUUCCGCUGAAGAGGGGCGAAUUCGUGCAAUUUGAUCGAAAAAACAAUUUACCGAAAGAUGUAAGAAUACGAAAUGAUUGGGAGGAGAAUUUGGAUGAUUCGGGUGAAAUAGCUUGGUUAGAAGUGGCCGUUGUUGUCUGCACAUUACUUGCCAUUCAACACGGGCUUGCUACGGGUGGCUAUUCAGGUUUCAACAAACCGCCAAUGUUCGGAGAUUAUGAGGCGCAACGACAUUGGAUGGAAAUCACUUAUUAUUUGCCGAUGAAAGAAUGGUACAUCCAAUCGCCGAAUAACGAUCUACUCUAUUGGGGGCUCGACUACCCGCCGUUAACUGCGUAUCACAGUUAUUUGAUGGGAGCUAUAGCUCAUCGAAUAAAUUCCUCAUGGGUGGCGCUGGGGGACUCACACGGAAUCGAGACGCCCGAACACAAAUUCUUUAUGCGAUUGACGGCGAUCGUCUCGUUUCUGAUCAUCUACGUGCCGGCGAUUGUUCAUUCUAUCUAUAAGGAUAAAAGCUUGACGAAUAAGUUGAUACCGCUGGCUACUUUGCUUCUGUAUCCAGGGCUUCUAGCAAUCGACAACGCCCAUUUUCAAUACAAUGCGAUCUCGUUGGGCUUCUUUCUCUGGUCAUACUUAUUCUUGGCCAAAGACAAAAUGCCUCUUGGAUCAAUUUUCUUCGUUUUAGCCGUGAAUUAUAAGCAAAUGGAACUCUACCAUUCGUUACCGAUUUUUGUGUUCAUAUUGGCGCGAUCAUUAAAGAAACCGUUGCUUUUGAGAUGGAAAGAGAGUUUUCUCGAACUACUGAAAAUUGGCCUUCUUGUAAUCGGGCUUUUUGCGUUGAUUUGGCUCCCGUUUCUUCUACAAGGCCCCGAUCAUGUACUUGCUGUGUUGCGACGAGUUUUCCCUUUCUCUAGAGGAUUAUAUGAAGAUAAAGUAGCAAGCUUCUGGUGUGCUUUUUCACCUUUCAUCAAACUGGAUCGAUAUUUGGAUCGGGAAUGGCAAAUUCGAUUGAGUACUCUCGUUGUAAUUGCCGCUUCACUGCCAUCGCUUCUCGUCCUUCUCGUUCGGCCGUCACCCAAGAACCUUCGUCUCUCACUUGUUGCCGUCUCACUGUCAUUUUUUCUCUUCUCGUUUCAAGUGCAUGAGAAGAGCAUCCUAUUGCCUGUUGGAGCCGCUCUACUUUUAUUCAUGGACAUGCCUUUUCACAUAUCAUGGUUCCUGACAAUUAGCAGUACAAGUAUGUAUUCAUUGUGUCUGAAAGAUGAGAAUCCUCUGCUUCUUUGUCUCUUCGUUGCACAUACAUUGACGGCGUUUAUGUUCUUUCAACGAGGAUAUGGAAUUUUCACAUGGCUAGCUGCACUGUCACAAUUGGGGGCUUUUGCGAUCUGUCUGAUUGAAGCACUCAUCCCUCCACCGUCAACACUUCCAGAGAGGUUGAUGGUUGAGAACACAAAUGGAAACUUG